GAAAGGGAGGGGAAGGAGAAAGGGAAGGGACGGUUGCGUCCGAAAUUUACCCAGAGUUUGUGGCGGGAGAUGAAGCGAUGAAUUACUCCUCUCUUUAGAGAAUCAAUUUAUGUUAUCUACGCCCGAAAAUGAGAGGAAGAGUUGGGAGAAACCCAGUGAAGGAAGAACCGGCUGACGGUGGAGGGGAAUUUGACGCCCCUAGCGUAUCUUCUCGACUGAGAACAAGGAAGCAAGUUUCGUAUGUGCAAGAUGAAGAGGUUGAAAGUGAGGGGCAAGAAGAUGAGGAGGAAGAAGAUGAAUGGGAUGCAACAGAACCCGAGCCUAAGGCGAAGAAGAGAGCACCCAUUAAACCCCCAUCAGAGUCUUCAGCUGAAACAGAGGAAUCGUCUGACUCAGAUGAUGAUUAUGAAAAACUGCGUCAGCAAAAUAUUAGAGAGCGAAUGGAACUUGUGAAAUCCCUUGGUAUUGCAGAUUUAAAACAAGACAUAGGAGAGUCUUCCAAAAAAACAGAUCGUAAAGGUACUAAAAGGAAACCACCCACACCUCGAGAAAAGUCAAAGAGGAUAAGAACUAUAAUUGAAGAUCAGAGGGCACGCGAGCUCAGGCGGAAACUGGGGAAACCGUCUCCAAAGAAACUCAAAUCAGAUGUUGUACAGAGCACUUUGGAAAACUUGCGAGUCACUAUUGCUAAAGCUACUGCACGUAAGCCCUCUGGCACACUUCCGAUGCUUUCACUCAAAGUACCUAAAGAGGAAGCCAAUGAAGAAGAUAAUGAUGAUGCUGCUUCCAAAUGUGCUGAUUUUGUUAGUCUUCUCAGACCAUUCCUUGUCCACCGAGGUGAUGAAUCACAACUCAGCACCUGCAGUCUUGACACAUUCAAAAAACUAGUUUCCCGAUUAACUUUAAGUGAGGAAAUGAUAGCAAAAACCAAUACAGCCCGAAUAACUUCUAUUGCCUUUCAUCCUGGAGAGGAGAAAGUGCUUGUGGCCUCAGGUAGCACAAGUGGGGAUUUAGGUCUCUGGGAUGUGUAUAAUCCUGAUGAGGAGAAAUGUGUCGAGGUUCUAGGGCCACAUACAAGCCAAGUCAAUUGUACAUCUUUUGAUCGAUCUAAUCCUUCAAAAAUUUUCACUACUAGCCUUGACGGAACUGUUCGAAGAGGUGAUCUGAUGAAGUUGGUGUUUGAAGAGGUCUGGGCACAUGAACAAAAUGGUCCCA